AUGACUCCAGCAACCAAGUGCUACUGGAUCUGUGCCUGGGGCCAAAAAAGCCCAGAGACGAUCCGAGACCGACCGGUCCUAGCCUUGUUUCAUCCUCGGAUGAAACUAAGUAGUCUACGGACCGUAUGCUCCAUGGAGAGCGUGGCCUCCCCUCCCAGAGGGCACACUGUGGCCUCCGGCACAUCUCUGGAGACUGAGUCCGAAUCACCGAGGAGAGACCUCGGCUCGGACGACGUCCCUGAGACUGUUGCCGAGCUGUGCCAAAAGGCGAAAGACGCGGGCCGCGAUCGUCGAAAACGUGGCCUGCAAGAUUCCUCGAAACUCAUUGUGAGUGUCUUGGACGUCCUGCGCGACACGACGUCGAGCGACGAGACGCGAAACCUGCAGGCUCAGAACGCCCGUCUGCAGAGAACAUUAGAAGAGCAGCAGAAGGAAAUUGACGUCCUUCGGCAGGAGAUGCGGCAAAUGAAGGCCUCUUUGUUCCGCAUCCCAAGACAUGGCACAGCCAGCGCCUGCGCCACUCUUGGCGAGCGCGCCUCCCGAGCAGCCGGCAGAGAGCUUGCGCUCGGAGCCGGCUCCGAGAGUGGUACGCACCAAGCCGGCGAAAACAUCGGUCCCGCCGCCGCCCGAGGGCAGUCGAGUCGCGUCCGAUCCGGGUCUGGAGGACAGACUCCUGCCCCCGAGAGUGAUGCGCCCACCGCUGGCAGCGGACCGAAAGAACGCGUCCACAUACGCUGCUGCAGCGAAGGCGUCCGCUGCCGCAGCGAGGACUUCCGUCGCAACCGCGACGAACAAGUUGCGGCUGCCAGCGGCUUGAACCCUGCGCCUCGGAAGAGGAAGAGGGGUGGCAGGAAGAGGAAGAGGGGAGGGAAUGGUGGCCAGAGUGAGGCCCAACCCCUACCUUCAGGGCCCGCUGGUGACGGUUGGACCGUUGUCGGCCGAGGCCGGAAGAAGAAGGCGGCUCCGGCUCAACCGCCACAACGCCCUAAGGCUCCCAAGCUGCGCCCACCGCGCACAUCUGCGGUGGUAGUGCAGCUGCAGCCAGCGGCGGUGGAGAGCGGAGCAAGCUACGCGGACAUCUUGAGGGAGGCCAAGUCCAAAGUGGACUUACAGAGCCUCGGCAUCUCUGGCCUCAAGGUCCGCAAGGCGGCAACCGGCGCGCGAGUGCUGGAGGUUGCGGGCGCCUCUAGCGCCGAGAAGGCCGACUCCUUGGCUGCCAAGUUAAGGGAGUCGAUGAGCGGAGACGUCGUCAAGGUCUCCAGACCCACAAAGUGCGCUCAGAUGCGCGUCGUGGGGCUGGACGACUCCGUCACCGCUCAGGAAGUGGUGGAGGCGGUAGCCAAAGUCGGUGGCUGCGCGGCCGAUGGCAUCAAGGCGGGUGCCAUACGCGAGGGUGCAGGCGGCAUGGGCUCGCUCUUGUUGAGCUGCCCAUUUGCUGCUGCCAAAAAGGGGGCUCAAGGUCGCCUCCUUGUGGGUUGGACCUCUGCCCAGGUCAAGGUGCUGGAGCCGCGCCCGCUGCGGUGCUUCCGGUGCCUCGAUACUGGGCACACGCACGCCUUGUGCAAGUCCGAGGUGGACCGGAGCACUCAGUGCUUUAGGUGCGGUCAAACCGGCCACCAGUCUGCUCAGUGUUCCGCUGCCCCGCACUGCACAGUGUGCGAAGCGGCGCGAAGACCGGCGGAACACCGAUUGGGCGGUUCACUAUGUACCGCCCAAUCAAAGAGCAAGAGGAAGAGUCGCAAUGGCCCCCAGGCCCCCUCGCGACCUUCCCGCCCGCAAGCCGCGGGACCAGUUGGCGAGCCCAUGAGCACUAACUAA